AUGACCACCAAGAGAAGAAACCACGGACGUAACAAGAAGGGACGCGGACACGUCUGCUUCAUUCGCUGCACCAACUGUGGCCGUUGCUGCCCUAAGGACAAGGCUAUCAAGAAGUUCGUCGUUAGAAACAUCGUCGAAGCAGCUGCCGUCCGUGAUAUCACCGAGGCUUCCGUCUAUGAACGUAUGUUGCAUUUUACUUUUUUAUUCUUGAGUUUAGGAUUAGGUAUAUCUAAAAUGUUGGCAUACGGGCUUUUUGAUUGAAAUGUUUUUUUUUGCACGAAUUAGUAUUGUUUCAAUCGAGGGUAAUGUUAAUGCACUUAUCUCUUAACGAUUUGUUUCAAAGUUUGUCUUGUUUGGAACACCGGAGAUGAUUCUAUAUGAAAACGUUAUGAAAAUCUUUAUUAUUUCAGAAUACCCACUUCCAAAGCUCUACCACAAGCUCCACUACUGCGUGUCGUGCGCCAUUCACUCCAAAGUUGUGCGUAACCGUUCCCGUGAAGCCCGUCGUGACAGAGAUCCUCCACCACGAUUCGGCCGUCGCCCCAAUGAACGUUUCCCAGCUCGCCCAACUACGGCCGCCACCGCCGCUGCUCGUUAA